GACCGCUGGCAGCCUAUGACAUCAGUCAGGAACGCCUAGGAUGCGGCUGUUCCUGGCCACCCUCAGAGGAGGAGGGUCCUGCCUGCUGGGAGUUAAUUAGCCUCGCAAGCGGCGAGGGGGGAGGCGCCAGUUUUCUGGGGACACUGGCGGCCACUGUGUGUCCUCCUGCCCAAGGGAGCUCCCCAAGAGUUGGAUGAAUUCUGGGUCGUUAGCUGCUGUCCUCUGGGCUCCCUGGAGCCAAUUUCUGGUGGAAAGCGGGGCGUCUGGCCAGCGACCAGCGGCUUGCUGAGACUCACCAUGACACUCCUGGGGUCUGAACACUCUUUGCUGAUUAGAAGGAAGUUCCGAUCAGUCUUACAGUUACGGCUUCAACAGAGAAGGACCCAGGAGCAGCUGGCUAACCAAGGCUUAAUACCACCCCUGAAAAGUCCAACUGAGUUCCAUGACCCGAGGAAAAAACUGGAUAGUGCCAAGACUGAAGACUCUCUGAGGCGCAAGGUCAGAAACAGAUCGGACCGUGCCAGCCUGGUUAAUAUGCACAUUCUCCAAGCCUCCACGGCAGAAAGAUCCAUUCCAACUGCUCAGAUGAAGCUGAAGAGAGCCCGCCUUGCAGAUGACCUCAACGAGAAGAUUGCUCUCCGCCCAGGGCCCUUGGAACUGGUGGAGAAGAACAUUCUGCCUAUGGAUUCUUCCGUGAAAGAGGCUAUAAAAGGUACUGAGGUGAGCCUCUCCAAAGCAGCAGAUGCAUUUGCCUUUGAAGAUGACAGCAGCAGGGAUGGGCUUUCCCCAGAUCAGGCUCGGAGCGAGGAUCCCCAGGGCUCUGGAGGAUCAACCCCAGACAUCAAAUCCACUGAGGCUCCUCUGGCUGGCCCUCUGGACACAAUCCAGGAUCUCACUCCUGGCUCAGAAAGUGACAAGAACGAUACAGCCUCCCAGCUGAGCAACCAGUCAGACUCUGGGAAGCAGGUGCUUGGCCCUCUCAGCACCCCGAUCCCUGUGCACACUGCGGUAAAGUCCAAGUCUUUGGGUGAUAGUAAGAACCGCCACAAAAAGCCCAAAGACCCCAAACCAAAGGUGAAGAAGCUCAAAUACCACCAGUACAUCCCCCCGGACCAGAAGGCAGAGAAAUCCCCUCCCCCCAUGGACUCUGCCUAUGCUCGGCUGCUUCAGCAACAGCAGCUAUUCCUGCAGCUACAGAUCCUCAGCCAGCAGCAACAGCAGCAGCAACAGCAGCAACAGCAGCAGCAGCAACAGCAGCAACAGCAACGGUUCAGCUACCCUGGGAUGCACCAAGCACACCUCAAAGAGCCAAAUGAACAGAUGACCAGAAAUCCGAAUUCUUCCUCAACACCACUGAACAAUACCCCGCUGUCCCCUGUCAAAAAUAGCCUUUCUGGACAAACUGGUGUUUCUUCUCUCAAACCAGGCCCCCUUCCACCAAACCUGGAUGAUCUCAAGGUGUCAGAGUUAAGACAACAGCUUCGAAUCCGGGGCUUGCCAGUGUCGGGCACCAAGACAGCACUGGUGGACCGGCUUCGACCCUUCCAGGAUUGUGCUGGCAACCCUGUGCCCAACUUUGGGGACAUCACAACUGUCACCUUUCCUGUCACGCCCAACACCUUGCCCAGUUAUCAGUCCUCCCCAUCAGGCUUCUACCACUUUGGCAGCACAAGCUCCAGCCCGCCCAUCUCCCCCGCCUCAUCUGACUUGUCUGCUGCAGGGUCCCUGCCAGACACCUUCACCGAUGCGUCACCUGGCUUCGGCCUGCAUGCAUCGCCGGUGCCCGCCUGUACGGAUGAGAGUCUGCUGAGCAGCCUGAAUGGGGGCUCGGGCCCCUCCGAGCCUGACGGGCUAGACUCUGAGAAGGACAAGAUGCUGGUAGAGAAGCAAAAGGUGAUCAACCAGCUCACCUGGAAGCUGCGGCAAGAGCAGCGGCAGGUGGAGGAGCUGAGAAUGCAACUGCAGAAGCAGAAGAGCGGCUGCAAUGACCAGAAGCCACUGCCCUUCUUGGCCACCACCAUCAAGCAGGAAGAUGUCUCUAGCUGUCCCUUCGCAGCCCAGCAGGCAUCUGGGAAGGGACAGGGCCACAGCUCCGACAGUCCCCCUCCGGCCUGUGAGACUGCUCAGCUGCUGCCUCACUGUGUGGAGUCCUCAGGUCAAACCCAUGUACUCUCCUCCACAUUUCUCAGCCCCCAGUGCUCCCCUCAGCACUCCCCCCUGGGGACCCUGAAGAGCCCGCAACACAUCAGCCUGCCCCCAUCGCCUAACAACCAUUACUUCCUGGCUUCCUCCUCUGGGGCUCAGAGAGAGAACCAUGGGGUGUCUUCACCCAACAGCAGCCAAGGGUGUGCACAGAACUCAGGGGCACAUGAAGGUCAUCCUCCUAGCUUCUCUCCCCCAUCUUCCAGCCUCCAUCAGCCUUUCUCUGGCACCCAAGCAGACAGCAGUCACAGUUCUGGGCUCAACCCUUGUCCCAAAAGCCCAGUUAUUCAUCCAAAGAUGACUGGUUUACAAUCUUCUGACAAGGUGGGGCCAACGUUUUCAAUUCCAUCCCCAACUUUUCCUAAGUCGAGUCCAACAGUUCCGGAGAUAACCCAGCCCCCAUCCUACGAAGAUGCAGUGAAACAGCAAAUGACUCGGAGUCAGCAGAUGGAUGAACUCCUGGAUGUCCUCAUUGAAAGUGGAGAAAUGCCAGCGGAUGCCAGGGAAGAUCAUUCAUGUCUUCAAAAAAUCCCAAAGAUACCUGGGUCCUCCUGCAGCCCAACCACCAUCCUCCCCAAGUCCUCGGCUUCCUUUGAACAGGCAUCUUCGGGAGGCCAGAUCUCCUUCGAUCACUAUGCCACCGACAGUGAGGAACACCUGGAAGUCUUAUUGAAUUCUCACAGCCCCAUUGGGAAGGUGAGCGAUGUUACCCUCCUCAAAAUCGGAAGCGAGGAGCCUCCUUUUGAUGGGAUCAUGGAUGGCUUCCCAGGGAAGGCUGCGGAAGAUCUCUUCAGUGCUCAUGAGCUCUUGCCUGGGCCGCUCUCCCCUAUGCAUACACAGUUGUCACCUCCUUCUGUGGACAGCAGUGGUCUGCAGCUGAGCUUCACGGAAUCUCCUUGGGAAACAAUGGAAUGGCUGGACCUCACUCCACCUAGUUCCACACCAGGCUUCAGCAACCUCACCUCCAGCGGGCCCAGCAUUUUCAACAUCGAUUUUCUGGAUGUCACGGAUCUCAAUUUGAAUUCCCCUAUGGACCUCCACUUACAGCAGUGGUAAACACCUGAGGUACAAGUGUUAUGAGAGCUCAGUAGGAAUUCCAUGGGGGAGAGCACACAACCAGAAAUGUGUGAUCCAAAAGAUAAAGGGGAGAAAAAUGGGGAGAAAAAAAAACGGGAUGGAGGUUUCUGUGACAAUCAACCGGAACAGGAGUCAGUCAUUAAAAUAUGUGUAAUGUAAUAUCAAUAACUGUUAAUAACUUCGGUGAUGCAUUCGAAAUGUGCCUUGUUGGAGUAAGAGUGCCAAAGAUGUCUUUUUCACCGCCUUAGCUCAUACCAGUACCUUUUUAGCCCACAGUCUGUCUCAGGCAUUACUGGGACGUAAGUUCACACUAUAUAGUCUGUCUCAGGCAUUAUCGGGACAUAGACUGACACCAUUAGCUUUUGUUAUGAAUUUACUAAACUUUCUGUGCAAGGAGAACAAAUCCUCCUCAAGGAGCACAGGGAAGUCCCUCAACUAUUCCGGAAGCCAUCCUAUGCCUGAGGCAACCCCAUCCCGCCCCCUCCCCACACACCUGUGUGUCCUUCUAACUUUCAGAAGAGCAGGGCCUAUUUCAGCCAAUAGAGUUCUUAAGGCAGAAUAAUCAGAAUGGUCAGAGGGACAGACCAAUCAAUUCCCAGGAGAGCAACUCAGUGUCCCUCAACCCCCGAAUGGUCCCACUGGACUGGCGAUCACUGGCGACAACUAACUAGCAUUAUCCAGAAAUCCACCCAGAACACGGUGCUUUUUAGCCAGUAGACCAGUUUUUUUUUUUCUGCUACCUCUAUGCUCAUCAGUGAUGCAUAGCAGGUGAGAAACUUGAAUCACAACAACUUCAUGCUGUGGAUGGAGACUCCUGAGGCUCUCAAAUGCUACCACCUCUAGUUCCAUAGACCAGAGAUAGAUGAUCAGAAAGGCAACUGGAGGCCCAGGGAGCCGUACUGGGACAAGUAGAAUUGGAGAAAAUGCCAUUUAACAUUCCGGGAAAGAAAUACCAUGGAUUGCUAUUACAUGAGCAACACACAGGGCCAACUUCCUUUUCUUCUUCUUUAUCUUUCUUUUCUUAUUGUAGACAGAGGGAAUUCACCUCAGUUUAUUUUCCUCUCAGUACUUUUAUUUCAAGAUAUUAAUUCUUUAUGAUUCUUUUGCUUUUGAUUCUCUCUCUCUCUCUCUCUCUCUCUCUCUCUCUCUCUCUCUUACUCUCCCUCUCUUGGAAAGGAGAGGUUUCAGCUCUAACAAGCUACCGUAUUCCUAUUAAAGCCACUUUUUUAGAACAUUAAAGUCCAAACUCUCUUGCUAAACUCGUUCUUCACAUGCACAUUGACUGCAAACAGAAUUCAUAAGAAUUCCCUUAGGAAGAAACUGGGGAAGUGGCCCAUUGGUCACAAAGUUCUUUUUUUUUUUUAACUCUUGUUUGAUUUAAGGAUAAUCUUUGGUUUGUGUUACUCUGGAGACAUUGGAAAUCAUUAGAGAGUGAAGAUAAAUCAGGGGGCCAUGUAAAGUAGAGAAUGUGUCAGUCAGUUUUCCAAAUGAGAGCACAAUUGCACACCAUAAACAACAUGAGAGUGAAGGAUCAGAGUCUUGGGGAGUUUUUCUUGUUGCCCUGUGUUUGGUCAGGGCACUGGGGACUGAGGAAGACAACACAGAUUGCCCGAGUCUCUCAGAGGCUACUGUGGCACCAAUUCAAGUAUUACAAUGUUGCAUGCUGUAGAAAGUAGCUGUUGCUGUUUUUUGUUUUGUUUUGUUUCGUUUUGUUUUAAUUUAAGUCACCAAGGCACUGUUUUAUUCUUUUGUAAAAAAAAUUCACUGUGCACUUAUAGAGAAAAUAAUCAACAAUGUUGUGAAUUUUUGAGAAGUUGUCUUUUUUGAUAAACCAAAGAUUUAGAAAUCAUUCCAUUGUCAACUUGUAAAAAAAAAAAAAGUUUGAUCACUGAGUGUUUUUUGGUGACUGCUACUCUGGAAGCCACCAGAUCUUAUUGUAGGGAAGGAAACACAGAUAUGCACACAUAUGUAGUUCUAUGCCUGUGUGUAUGGGGUAUGUGUAUGCAUACAUGCACAUGUGUAUACAACUGUGUGUGUGCACGCAUAUCUGAAAGGUGGCAUUCAGAGGGCCUCAAACCCUCAGUCCGCUGUGAAUGAUGUGUGGCCUUUCUCACUAUAAGUUGCUGAUUGAUCAACAAGACUCCACGUUGCCUCUCUGUAUGUGACUAAAGACUCCAACCCAAUGCCCAUAGCCACUUGCUGCAAGUGAACAAGCUCCUCCUGGCAAUGAAUAUGGAUUUGAGAGGAUCAAGCCUGGCAGUGAAUUCGGACACGAUAGGACAGAGUGGCUUCAUCAUCAGUAGCUGCUAAGGCUAGUGCCUUCUCUUACAGAAGAGUCUAAAGGGAGCACGAAACUUGUUCUGACAUUCCUUGAUCUGCAAUGCGCUUGAAAGGGUCUGCGUGAUAAACUUCUCAUUGUGUUUGUUGCAACCGGAACCACAGAUCCAGAGGCAAAGCUUAGCAUGAAGAUGAAGCUGGGGGAAGGAACCUUAUUACCACAUUCCAAACAUUGCCCUCCGAGGCUGAUGUUUCAUUUGAGUCUGGAUGAAGCUUCCUGCUCUUUUUUAGGCUUUGGAUGAACCAUGUAUGCUAUUCCCUCCUUGCUUCUUUGGAAAACAAAUCCAUACAGUGUCCUGCCUCCGAGACCCUCAUCUGAGUGCUAAUAAUUUUCCCUUUGGGAAUUCCUGUCAGGGCGAUUGGUUAGACAGCUCUGUUUUUUUUUUUUUUCCAGCUAGACUGUGGGGAACUUUUAAAAAUAGUAUUCAAACUGAUACACACACUUCACACUAGACGAAAGGGAAGAUGGCUCUGGUUUGCUAGUGCAAGCCAAUACAGCUAGAAUGGGUCCCUGGAUUCUUACCUCAGUCUGUUCCUACGGUCUCCCUAGGCCAUGUGUAUGUGUCCUGUCUUCAUAGCAUAGGUAGGAGAUGGGAGAUAACUGAGAAGAUUGAUGAAGACAGAUCAAAUACGUUUCCUCAGCUGUCUCCUACUACAGUUUUUAAGUUCUUUUAAUCGGUCUUGUGGCAAUGUGAGCUAAGAGGUGUGCAGAGAUGAUCACCCUUGGGUUUAGCAAUGUUCCUAGAACCUCAAAUGACCACAUAGUUAGAGGUCUGUAAUAUUCCCAUAUUAAGGACAGUCUUGGCAGCCAUUCCUAUUGUAGUAGCUACAAGAUAACAGGUCCUUCUUUAUCUAAAGGUUUCCAAAUUCUCCCUAUGCAAGUUCUUCCAGUAAACUAGGGUUUGGUAAUUAUGCCUGUGUUCUAACAGUGCUAUCAAGAUAAUGGGAUGGGGGGAUGGCGAAGUGAAGGAGAAAGGAGGAAAAGGAGGGAGAGGAAAAGAGGGAGUAAGAAGAUGGGGAGGAGAGGAAGAGGGGCCAGAGGAAGGAAAGAAGGAAGGAAGGGCGGGAGGGAAGAAAUGAGCGAGAGAAGGAGAAAGGGAGGAGGCAGGGAAGCAAAGGUAGGAACAGAGAAAACCAUGGCCCAACUUCUUGACCCAGGAACCUCUUGGUUCAGCUAUGAUGUCAUAGUAUAACAAGUGAAACCCAAGCAUGGAGACAGCAGCUUUCCGAGUGAUUCCCCCCCCCCCCCCCCCCCGUUAACAGGAAUAUCAACACACCCUCUAUCUGGACAGUCCGAGGCUCUAAGCCUGCAGCCUUGUGCCUUUCACAAACAUUAGCCGGGGACAACGGUGACUAAAACCUACUCCCAAGGUUUUAAAAUAGUUCUUCUUAAAAGUUAUUUAUUUCAUAUUCAAUCAGCUUUCCUAGAGCCAGUAAGGCUGUGAACUCCCACAUGACCUGUACUGUCUAGGAGGAGGUGGCCACUUGCUGCUCCAGAGCACACAGACCUUUAGGGGUUGAUCCAGCAUGGACAUUGACUAUCUGAGGGAAUCACUGCUCCUCUAAGCAAGGAUGCUGAGAGCCUCUGAGACCCUCCCUGCCCUUUGCACUCAAAUCCUCUGAGCAAUGAUGAAGGGCUCCUGAUUUUUCCAGAAAUGGGAGUUUUUGGUUUUGCUUUCUCUCUCUCCUUUUUCAUGUAAAACUAUCAGCACACAAGCUUGUCUCUUCUCCUAGGCUCACAGAACUGUCUGCCUCUUGUUCAUUAUUUAACAUUCAGGGGAGUUUUGGAGUUUUUUUUAACCAGACAGAGAAGCCCUUUGGAAAUAAGGAAAGUUGUAAACUUUUUUUUCCUGAUCCUAAAUCACCACAGUAAGACAUCUGGGCAAAAGGGACAGAAGUGAAGCGGGAGGUGAAUAUCCAUGAUGAGUUUCUCUUCUUUAAGAGAAAAGUAUGCUUCUCCCCAGCCCCUCGCUGCAUUUCCCACAUAAAGUGUGCUAGGGCACAAUUUGCUGUCAGAUAUAAAGAAAAUUAGAGUCCCGAAUAGUCUAACACAAACCUGCAGGGAGGUUCAGAGGCAAAUACUUCCGAGACUUCUCUAGACAGAGGACAACAACAGACAUGAAGAGUCAGGGUCCUGGAAAAAGAUGGUCCCAUAGUGAUGAGAGCAUGUUCAGGUGUGCCCGGAGGUCCUCACUAGGUGAGGACAAUCUGUAAAGAAUUGGUUUCAAGACAGGAAGGAAUCCAAGAAGGCCUUUGUGGCUGUCUGCCAGGGAUAUUGUUCUAGGAUCCACUAAAUCCAAUAAGCAUGAGUGUACUCCCUUCUGAUCAUAAGGAAUCAAUGGUACUCCCACAAUCAACCCCCUGCAGGGCUAACCACUGGGUACCAUGAUGGGCACCAGGAGGCUGUGCUUCCUCUGGAUGGUUUAGAUGGCCUCAUGUGCAAAGAAGCACAGUAAGGAGACCCACGAAUGCUCUUUAAAUGUUUUCCAAAGGAGCAAGACUCACACUGCUCCCAAGGCUCAGUUCCAAUGACCUUGUCAAAAGGACCAAGGGCAAAGGAUUGCUGGGAAAUCAACUCUCGUUGGAACACAAAGCAGUGUUCUGGAAAGAUCAAGACAUCAAGCAUGGUUCUUCCGGCCUCUGUGUGGUGGUGUUUUCAUAUUGGUCUCCUUUGCUCGGUGUAAUCUGAGAGAAAUGUGGCUCACUGGGAGAGCAAAGAAGCAAUGGCUAAAAUACCAAAGUUGGCAUGUGUCCUUUUUUAAAGAAAAAUGCAUAUAUUUUUAAAUAAAAUGUUUAUUUUAAAGAGAUGUAAACAUUUUUUUGACCAGAUAAUGACGAUGCCUGGCUGUGAUGUUCUUUAUGUGUAUUGCUUCCUGUUCUCCUCUCAGCAGCUGAAGAAGGGGUACCACUGUGAUCCCCAUCUUCCAGAUAAAGAAACUGAGGCCAAGA